AAGAAUGUUGUAGGAUUGUUCUGGGGACAGUCUUUCUACCACCAUGUCUGCUAGGAGAAGUGCUAAAGUAGGUGUGGUGGAGACAACCAGGAGGACCCCUAAAGUUGUCCACACCAGCAGGAUGAAGAAGCAGGAGAAGAACGGCUCUGCAUCGAAAGCAGGCACUGCUUCUAGCUCCACCCCAUCCUCCACCACCACAACAGGACAGAUGGGGAUGAAGCAGUCCAAGUCGGACUCCACCUCACUCAGUUCCAAGAGUCAGGGGAAGGGGUCCUCAAAUCUAGCACGGAAGUCCUAUCUGAGCAAGAGCCAUGAAAACCUCAGCAGCACGAAAAAGAAACUGACACUACCUCCUGAAACUAGUAGACCCAAGACAGCAUCUGGAAAUUCAAAGCCAGACUCUGCAAGGUCUUCUACAGAAAGAAACAAGGAAAAUCUAGCCCUGAAAGAAAAGGAAAAGAAUUCAAACUUUGCCAAACCCAAGGCAGGUAAAGCUCCAGUGGCUGCCGGAACCAUACGCAAAGCGUCAAGCACACAAUCAAUAGACAAAACCUCUGCUGGAACGUCAAGUCAGAAACCGCAGCCUGUUAGUAAUAAAUCACUGGCUAUGAAACGUGCUCAAAGUACUCAGAAUGUUAGUAAAGACAAAAUGUUGAAUAGGAAAAGGACAUCUGCUCCAGCAGAUGUUAUGGCAUAUAAUGCAGAACUGUUAGCUAAUUUUGAGAAGGAGAAAAAAAAUCUUGAAGCUAGGAUAUCAGAACUUACUAAACUCACUGAAAGCCGGAAAGCUGAGAUUGAGAAAUACAAGUAUGAGGUGAAAGCACUGAAGGAAAUUAUUCCUUCACAGGAUGUGCAAGAGGAGUUAGAGAUGCUUCGAAAUCAAAACAAGCAUCUGCAAGAUAGACUUAAAGAGCUUGGUAUUCCAGUUGAACAGAUCACAGAUACAGAAAAGUUGUUACUUAAACAGACAUUUGGCUCAUGUAAGUCCAUGGGUGAUUCUGAGUGUAACCUACCAACAAGUGUAAGCUGUGAUAGUUUGUCAACUGAUGGUGCUAAGGCAGCUGCUCUGCCUGGACAUGUGGGAUCACUGGAGAGAUCAGCUUCCAUGACUGCUUCAGAACCAGGUUUCUCCUUGGCUGAUCUAUGUGGAACACCAGACCACCCCUCUGAUCUGUCUCUAGAUCCACUGAACUGGGACAAACAGAGCAAUAAGAGUCGUGACAGUGAUGGGCUGAGUGAAAUAUCAGUCCAGUGCUUGACAGAACGGAUUCUUCGCAUGGAGGAAACCAACUACUGCACUACUGAAGAACUUCAGGCAACACUGCAAGAGCUGGGAGACCUACAGGAUGCAGUCAAUGAGCUGACUGAGGAGAAUGAGAGACUUACUGAUGAGAAAUCUGUUCUACUCGAAUCCCUGUGUACCCAGACAGAAAAGCUGGAGACAUCAAGGCAUCAAGUAGAACAGCUAAAGAGUCUUCUGAUUAGUGGCAACCUACCUGAAAAGUCAAGUAGAGAGGCUCAUUUAAUGGGUUUGUUGAAAAGUGCUCAAGAAGAAAGAGAGGAAUUGCUGCGAAAACAAAAUGAGAUUGCAAAUGCAAUGCAGUCAUUGAGAACAGAAUAUCGGGAAAACUUGGAUGUAAUUGAUGCCAUGCGUGACAAGAUUCAACUAGGCGAAGAUAAGAUCAGCAGCUUGAAUGCUGAACGAGAGUCACAGGAACAGAGAAUGCUGGAGAUAAAGAGUCAAGGAAAAAAUGAUGAGAUUGAGAUUCAUCGACUCAGGACACUUCUCGAAAAUGAGAAAUCUAAAGUUCAAGAACUUGAACAGUUCAGAAAAGUAGUAGAUAAAUCUGAUAUGGAAGCUUUGUUAGAUAACGUGAGGCAGGAGAAAGACCGUGCUGAAGAGAGGCUUGCCAAUAUUCAGAAAUCUCUGGAUCACAGUCAUUGUGAAGUGAUGAAACUUAAGGAAAUAAUGUCCACUCGUGAUGAAGAGAUCAAAGUGGCAAAGAAUAAUGCUAAGACUCACAUAAGUGAUCUUGACUAUAAGUUGACAAAAAUGGAAAAGGAAAGGACAGACAUGCAGCAGCAGAUGGAGGUGUUACGUGAACACAUUGAUACUCUGGAGCAAGAUUGUGAACGGUAUCUUGAGGAGCAGAAGAUUACUGAAAGGAUCCAAGAACUCAAGGAUGAACUGAAGAGGUCCCAUGACGUCAAGUCCGUGGCAGAGGCUCAACUGUAUGAAAUCACGAACAGACAUGAGGAAGAAUCUGAGGAGUGGAAGCAGUUUCAGAAGGAUCUACAGGUUGCUGUUGUCAUUGCUAAUGACUUCCGUACUGAGACUCAAGAAGGGAUGGAGAAAGUAGUAACUGAAAAUGCCUGCUUACGUGAAAAAUGUAAGCAUCUGGAAGCAGAGAUCCGACUUCUAAGAUCUGAAUUGGAUGCUUCCCGUGCUCACAAAACAUUAGAGGAGGAACCUAGUACUCCUUUUUCAAAAUCCAUUUUCACUUCAGCUGAGCUGAAAGGGAAGAUGCUGUCUACUGUGGACAGAGAACUAACAGCCCUGAGGGAAGGAAAAAAACUUGAUCCUCGCAGUCAGAAUUUGUCUGUGAAAAGUUUGAUCCAGUCCAUAGAAGAUCAAGUGAAGAGUGGCUGCUCCUCUAUUCACUCGAGCCUUAAUGGCUCCAGAAGGAACUCUAAUUCAACAGAUGAUUCAUUUAGUGCUAUCCAGGAACUGUUGAAGUCUCCCACCUCACCACAGGCUGAGACGCCACUACAGAGUCCACAAGGGGAGUUCCCACUACGAUCAGUUUUUCGGAAGGGAAGUGAGAAAUCCUCUCCUCAUCAGAGACUUUCUGCCUCUGGAUUAAAUUUCAUAGACAAGAGUCCUGGUGAUGCACCUAAAACACCACCUGCAUUUGGACGUCCAGAGGGAGAGUUCACGAAGGUGUCGCCAGCUAUUUCCUCCAUUCUGCAGAACAGGGGACCACCUCGUAGAAACAGUGGAGCAAAUGUUGAUUCGGAGAGGAAAGAAAAUGCUGGCAAGGACCCUCUGGCCUAUCUUGCCAAACAGAUGGGAGGAUCAAAGCGCAAUGCCCUCCUCAAGUGGUGUCAGCAGAAGACUGUUGCAUAUACUCAUGUAGAUAUCACCAACUUCAGCAGCAGCUGGAAUGAUGGGCUGGCCUUCUGUGCCCUGUUACACUCCUACCUGCCAGAGCACAUUCCAUAUCAGGAACUCAACUCUGAUGACAAGCGCCGUAAUUUUAAACUGGCAUUUGAAGCUGCAGAAUGUGUGGACAUACCAACAAAUCUGAACAUCAAUGACAUGGUUGCCAUGGAGAGACCUGAUUGGCAGGCUAUCAUGUCCUAUGUCACCAACAUAUAUAAGCAUUUUGAAUUGGAUGGCAAGUCAUAGUGCACUUCCAGCUACAAGGAAACAAGAGUAAUCUCCCUUUAUCUAAAACUAUGCGGACCAAUAUUGUUAUGCUGUGAUGUUUUCUUAAAUCUAUUUCUGCUUUAAACUAAUUAACAUUCACAUAUUUCAACACAAAUGAGCAAAAAGCAGUAACUCUUGGUGGAUUGGAGGUCUAUAUUUUCUGUCAUGUUUGUCAAAUUAUGCCUUGUCUAGGGACCACUUCUAUUUUUUAUGUAAGCUUUUACUUGUGAUAAUCUGUAACCAUUCAUUUUGGGACACUUCCUUUAUCCUCAUGGGGUUUUAUUGGAUUUACUUUUGAAACACCACAGUCAAAUCUUUUGUUAUUGUUUUUGUUGCUGCAGUAUUAUUUUUGAGAUGUUGUAUUUUAGGUAUUAUUGCUUCAAACAUUCACAUUUCAAAUUGUAUAUUAUUCAGUGACAUAUAUUUUUUAAUAUGUGUUUUGACCUUUGAGAUUGGUAUCAUUACAUUUUGGUGAAUUUGUCCAUUCAGAUAGAUCUAUCUAUUAAUUUUCCCCUACCAAAAUGUUUGAGUGAAUGGUUGUUAAAAAAUAAAUUUUCUAAAUUUGGCUCAUAUUAAAAUAUUUUGAUUCAUUGUACAUAUGUUAAAAGAUUGUAAUUUUUGGGUUGCAAAAUAGAUAUCCAACUGAACUGGAAGUAAAAUUGCAACUCUCUUUCGUCUGCCUGUACAGAUUGAUGUAUAUUUAUACAAAACACAUUCUGUAUAUACCAAUAUUGUGUAAGAACACAUGUACCUA